CCUCAAUCUGGGACAAGGCUUGGGGAUGUAUUAAAGGCACGGUGCUGGGUAUGACAAGGGAUUCUUAGGGAGCCUCGAUCAAGAUGCCAGAGCCGAAAGCUGAAAAUGCAGGGACCUCUGAGGAUAAAGCAAGCUGCGCAGCCGCAGCACCAUCAGCAGAUUCUACCCCAGCAGACACAGCAGGAGACGCCCAGCAUGACGGCACAGAUGCUGAUGGUUUGCCAGAAAGUCAGCAUCCGGACACAAGGCAGGACCUGACUGGACUUUUCUUAGAGAAGCCCGUGAGUGGAGAGGUCACCGUCGGAGAGAACAUCACCUUCAUAUCCAAGGUGAGCACUGUCAACCUGCUGAAAAAGCCCACUGUCCGCUGGUUCAAGGGAAAGUGGAUGGACCUGGCCAGCAAGGCUGGGAAGCACCUGCAGCUGAAGGAGACGUACGAUCGUAACACCAAGAUAUUCACCUUCGAAAUGCAAAUCAUUGGAGCCAAGCCCAACUAUGCUGGAGCGUAUCGAUGUGAAGUGUCCUCCAGGGACAAGUUUGACAGCUGCAAUUUUGAUCUUGUUGUGCACGAGGCAAGAGCAACUGAAGAGUUUGACAUCCGCGCAGCCUUUAGACGCACUAGCAUUGAUGGAGGUGAAGAAGCUGGAGAGCUGGACUUCAGCGCUUUGCUAAAGAAGAGUGUUGUCCAAGUCAGCACGGAACCUGAUGUAGACGUGUGGGAAAUCCUCCAGAAGGCCAAGCCCAAUGAGUAUGAGAAGAUUGCCUUCCAGCAUGGCAUCACGGACCUGCGUGGCAUGCUGAAGAGGCUGAAGAAGAUGAAGAAGGAGGAGAAGAAGAGUGCUGCAUUCCUGAAGAAGCUGGACCCAGCCUAUCAGGUCCAGAAAGGUCAAAAAAUGAAAUUCUGCGUAGAAGUGGCCAAUCCUGACGCAGAGGUGAAAUGGCUGAAGAAUGGACAGGAAAUCCAUCCUACUGGCAGCAAGUACAUUUUUGAGAGCGUUGGCAACAAGCGAUACCUCACCAUCAACAACUGCUCGUUAUCUGAUGAUGCUGCUUACACUUGUGUGAUCGGAGAUGAAAAGUGCUUCUCUGAACUCUUCGUCCAAGAGCCCCCCGUGCUCAUACUGCGCAGUCUCGAGGACCAGAUGGCCAUGACAGGGCAGCGUGUGGAGUUUGAGUGUGAGGUGUCCGACGAGGGUGCCCAAGUCAAAUGGGAAAAGGACGGCGUGGAGCUAACCAGGGACGAGUCCUUCAAGUACCGUUUCAAGAAAGACGGCAGGAAGCACUUCCUGAUCAUUAACGAGGUCGGCAAAGAGGACGGCGGCCACUACACCGUGAAGACAAGUGGCGGGGAGUCCAUGGCUGAGCUCAUGGUGCAGGAGAAGGAGUUAGAGAUAUACCAGAGCAUCGCUGACCUGACGGUGAAGGCCAAGGAGCAGGCAGUGUUCAAGUGUGAGGUCUCAGAUGAGAAUGUGAAGGGCAUUUGGUACAAGAAUGGCGUGGAGGUGAAGACAGACCCGCGGAUAAAAAUCACACACAUCGGCAGGAUCCACAAACUGACCAUUGAUGACGUGAAGCCAGAAGAUGAAGGUGACUACACCUUCAUCCCUGAGGGAUAUGCGUUCAACCUGUCCGCCAAGCUCAACUUUCUUGACGUCAAAAUUGAUUUUGUUCCUCGGCAAAAUCCACCAAAAAUCCACCUGGACUGUAUUGGUCAUUCUGCUGAGUCCACCAUCAUAGUGGUGGCAGGAAACAAACUGCGACUGGAUGUGCCCAUCACCGGAGAGCCUGCCCCCAUUGUGAUCUGGACCAAGUCUGACAAGGUCAUCUCUGACACAGAAGGGAGGGUCCACGUGGAGACCACCAAGGGCAACUGCAUCUUUACCAUCGAGGGGGCUGAGAGGAAGGAUGAGGGUGUUUACACCGUGAUUGUCCGCAACCCAGCGGGAGAGGACACUGCCAACAUCAACGUCAAAGUAGUGGACGUGCCAGAUCCUCCUCAGGCACCCAGAAUUCUGAGCGUUGGGGAAGAUUCCUGUAUCGUCCAAUGGGAUCCCCCAUUGUUUGAUGGUGGCCAGCCUAUAAUUGGUUAUGUACUGGAGAGGAAGAAGAAGAAGAGCUACAGGUGGAUGAGGGUGAAUUUCGACCCACAUAAGGAGCUUACCUAUGAAGCCAGGAGGAUGAUCGAGGGGAUGCUGUAUGAGAUGCGAGUCCUGGCGGUCAAUGCCAUUGGCAUGUCCCAGCCCAGCGCUGCUUCCCAGCCCUUCAUGCCGAUUGCUCCAACGAGCGAGCCCCUUGGCCUGAGCGUUGAGGACAUCAGUGAUACCACCAUUUCCCUAAAGUGGAAAACCCCAGAGCACUUGGGGUCCUCCAUCCUGCAAGGAUAUGGGGUUGAGUACUGCAAGGAAGGCACCGACGAAUGGAUGCCAGCCUUUGAGGGAUUGACGGAGAGAACAUCGGUCAUCGUCCGUGAUCUUCCAACAGGGGAGAAGAUGAAGUUUCGCGUUCGGGCUUAUAACGAGGCUGGCCCUAGCGCCCCCGCCACACUCGCCCAACCUGUCACAAUCCGGGAGAUUAUGCAACGACCUAAAAUAUGGGUCCCACGAAAUCUCCGCCAAACUGUGAUCAAACGGGUUGGGGAAUCAGUAAACCUGGUUAUUCCGUUCCAGGGCAAACCGAGGCCCAAAGUCACCUGGACAAAGGAGGGGGAGCCUGUAGAUCCCAAGCAGGUCAACACCCGGAACAGCGACACCGACACCAUCCUCUUUAUUCGCAAGUCUGAACGUAAGGAUUCGGGAAAGUAUGAGGUGCACCUGCAGAUUGAGAACGUGGAGGAUAAAGCCAGUAUAACCAUUCAGAUUGUAGACUUACCUGGUCCACCUGAAAAUGUAAAAAUCACAGAUGUUUGGGGCUUCAAUGUGGCCCUUGAGUGGAAGUCACCAAAGGACGACGGCAACUGUGAAAUAACAGGCUACACCAUCCAGAAGGCAGACAAGAAGACCAUGGAGUGGUACACUGUAUACGACCAAUACCGACGCACCAACUGUGUGGUGUCCGACCUCAUCAUGGGCAACGAGUAUGUUUUCCGCGUUUACGCCAUCAACAUGGUGGGUUUGAGUCCAGAACCCUGCUUCUCCAAGGACAGCGCCUACAUCCAGAAAACAGGAAUCAUGUACAAACCACCCACCUACAAAGACCCAGACUUCUCGGAAGCGCCAAAAUUUACUCACCCCUUGGUGAACCGCUCAGUCAUUGCGGGCUACAACGCCACGCUGAGCUGCUCCGUGCGGGGAAUUCCCAAGCCCAAAGUAACUUGGUACAAGAACAAGAUGGACAUCUCCAAUGAGGCCAAGUACAGGAUGUUCAGCAAGCAAGGUGUCCUCACUCUGGAGAUCCGGAAGCCCUGUCCCUUUGACGGGGGUGUGUACACUUGUAAGGCGGUCAACGACUCUGGGGAGGACGUUGUGGAGUGCAAGCUGGAGGUCCGACCUCAAAUCACCAAAGAAGACACAAAGAAAUGAGGAGAAGAUCAAUUUGGCGGGUGGUGAGGGGGGGGGGGAAUCUCGCAUCCUGUAACACCAACAUGUCACCGUCUAUAGGAGGAAUCUGCUUCACCCUGAACGUCUUUCCCUUCCAGAGGUCAUCUCUACACUUUCAGUUAUUUAAAGCGACUAGCAUAUGAAACUUGAGAACACAUUAAUGCAUGUUCAGAUGUGCAGACAGUGGAAUCUGUCAAAAAUGAGGCUUUUGCUUUUUUUGACCUUUCUACGCUCAUCUAGUAUAUGUAUUUCUGUGUUAUUUGCUGAUAUGAAUGUAGUAGCUUUGAUGCUUGAACACAUGCUGUAAGAAGAUAUUUUUGUCCUCUUGUCAACAGCAGUAGGUUGAGCCCAAUAAAGUAUAAGAUUAAAAACUA